GACAAUAUUAUUUGGUGGAUGAUGGUUACACUAAUAGUUCUGGCUUUCUAUCGCGAUAUAGGGGUGUCAGAUAUCACUUAGAUGAAUGGGGUACAGGGUCCCGUACUCCACAAAACUUUAGAGAACUCUACAACCUUCGGCACGCCAAAGCUAGGAACGCGAUUGAACGUGCUUUUGGCAUUCUAAAAAUGCGUUGGGCAAUUCUUAGAAGUAACUCUUUUUACCCCAUUAGGACCCAAAAUCGCAUUAUCAUGGCAUGCUCGCUUAUUCAUAAUUUUAUACGUACAACAAUGCCCGAAGACCCCAUCGAGAACGAGAUUCCAGAAUUCCCGAUACCUUCCAACCCACCGUCUGACGACGACUACAUAGAUCAAGUUGAAAGUAGUCCCGAAUGGACCCAGAAGCGCAAUCUCCUAGCCCAACAAAUGUUCACAGAAUGGCAGGGCGAGGGCGGCGCCACCUCUAAACGCCGUGUGUGGACAUCGGCUGAAGAGAAUGCCCUAGUUAAUGCUCUGAAGGAUAUUGUAACCGAGGGGUGGAAAACAGAAAAUGGCUUCAGAACUGGCUAUGCAUUUCAGUUGGAAAAAAAGAUAAAGACAUAUCUUCCCGGAUGUGAAAUUUGUGCUGACCCGCACAUAACUUCCAAAAUGCAUGUUUGGAAGAAAACAUAUGCGAGUUUGGCCAAUAUCAAAGCAAAUAAAUUGGGUUUGGGAUGGAAUGAUGUUUCAAAAAGCUUCUCCUGUGAUGAUGACAAGUACCAAUCGUUGAUGAAG